AUGGCAUUUUAUUUCAAUCCGGAAUACGAUGUUCUGAAAUUUAGCCUCCGGAAUGCGUCAACUGAUGCUGGCAUUCACCUUCUAUAUGACCUGAAAUACACCUAUGAUCCACAUCGCGUCGGCGUCCUCAAUCUGGCGGUGGACAUCGACAGUCUAACUGUCCCGAGCGGGAGAGCGCGUGAGCCCACAUGGGUGAAGUUUCAAAAUGAAGGGCGAGAGCAUAUCAAGGAAAUUCUGAAUAAUUUACAAGAAGUCUUCUUUGUUCAAUCUGUAUCUGUCGGACGUCAGAUGUUAGGCUACAUGAGCGAGAACAACACCGACAUCCUUUUAAACCGCUCGUUCCCUAUCAUGCCCACAACAUCGGCCUUUGACCGUCUUCCCCAAGACCCACGUCACAUCGCCGAGGAUCUACGUCAAGUUCAUCUGGGCGUUGACCCGCGGCCAAUGAUUCUCAAUUGGUACGAUAUACUGAAUGAAUGGGGUGCCACGCCAUCGAAAAUAUAUUAUAAAGUGCUCUUGACCUUUUCGCCGCCUGGGCAGAACUUCGUUUCUGAUCACAAGAGCGCAGAGGCUUGGCUGCAGAUUGACUGGAGCAGUGUUAAUGGCUAA